AGUAAAGUCUUUGUAAAAUCAUGUGUAACUAGUAAUGAAUCCAAACAGAUUGGAAGUAAUACUCAGUCAAUCCAUGUUGUGCAUAUCAGGAUAUAAGGCCCCAAAGAACACUCAACAGCACUGGCACCAGACCUUUGCCAACUUGUAACCCUCCAAAACUCCAACCAUUUUCUACUAUCUCUUGCUCCACGACUCAUUUCUAUGUCCCCCUUGGUCCUGAACCCAAGAAGAAAUUGAGCAGGCCAUCUUGUUCCUUUUCCAUGUAUUUAGAAUGGUCGUAUAUUGUUAAAAGGAAGACAUCAAUGCUGUAUUUAAUAGUUAUGAAAGAGGAAUAAAAUUUGUCUCUUGUGAAUCUCUGAUUGUGCAUGUAUAUAUGCUGAAAAGUGAUGAAACUGUAACAGUUUUAAAUUUCAGUGAAGGUGAUUAUUUUAGGUACAUUAUAUACGAUAAGCAUUUCAAAAAUAAAUUUAGCUUUAUAUGUGUUUAUUAACAACAUGUGGCUUCAUUGCAAUUAGAUGAUGAAAAUGAUAGUGAUGGUGUAGUUAAACAAAGACGUAACCAAGUAUCUCAAGAACAUGAGGACUUGGUGGUGAAAGGUCCAUUACGGAGAAGAGGGCCUGGAACUCCUCAAGCAAGACAACCAGCGGCAGCUGGUCCACUGAAAAGGAGAGGAGAAUCCCCCCAGUCCAGAGCGUCACUUAAUGUGGCGUCAUUUGAAAUGGAUGACGAUGACGAGAGUGACAGUGUAGUUCCACAAAGGCGUGUUCAAGUAUCUCAAGAACACGAGGACUUAGUAGUAAAAGGUCCAUUACGGAGAAGAGGGGGCCCUCCACAAGCAAGACAACCUGUGGCAGCUGCUGACAGUGACGAGGACUUAACACAUGUGCAGCCCCGAAGACGUGUCCCAGCUGCAAACAAUCAACAUCAAGACGAUUACAACAGCUCUUGGCAGCGAGAAGAGUUGAGAUCUGAUCAUGACGUUCCUAUAGUAACAGCAGUGAGAAGACGUGAACCGAAUCAAGUCAGAAGACGUGAACCUGGAGCGCGGCCACGGACAGCAGAGGAUGUCGAAAUACGCAGGCGCAGUUUGCCUCAAGCUCCAACACAAAGUAGAGGCGCUCCUGGCCAGGUUUCUGCCAGUAGACGUCCUAACACGCCACCACACACACCAUCACCAAGGAAACCAGUGACACCCAGAGGUCAGCUGGCAGCACCUAGGAGAAUCCCAACGCCUCGAGGAGUGAGUCCGGCAAGAUCCAAUGGUGAUGACAGUUGGAGUGAGGGGUUCUACUGAUCACAUGCAGUAUUGCUCAGCAUUUAGGCGAGAAUGCACGGAAGUCUCGUGCCACUGCAAUAUUCAGAGACCAAAUCUAGUGUAUUUUAUUUGCGUGGACUACCAACUAUUUAGUUGUUUUACGCAAAUUCAGUGAUAAGGGUGAACUGGUCUCGAACAUUUUGCGUUCUCGACAAAAUGAACAAUCAUGCAAUGUGGACAAAUCGAGAUCUGGAAAAUUGGAUUCAAGCCAUGCUAUACAUUGUGCGGGAUGGGUGGGUAGUCAGUAUUUGUUUUAACAUAUUUGUUUAUUUUGAUUUUAUUUUUAAGUUUUAACCCUACACUAAUUGGACCAUUUUUAGGAUGGCGUCAAUAGCCCUUUUUACGCUCGUUUCCGUCUUGGGUGGAGACACGUUCUUGUGUCUGGGGGCGGUGAUCUUUUGGUGCUGACCAAAAGGAUCGCGGUCUCCGCAAACGAGAUUGUUUUAGGGAAUAUUGAUGACAUAAGUUGUGUUACAACAAGUCAACUAGGCGCUCACCUGACUUGCCAGCUUCUCUCGCUUCUCAAGACUUGCUAAGUUUGAUGAAGAUUAUCCCAACAUAACAAUUUGAUAUUCAAUCGGAAUCCGGUGAUCCGGUGACAGAUGAACGAUCGCCUGUGGCUGUGAAAAGUAGGCUCUCAAAGUAAAAUUAUAGCAGAAAGUCGUCGUUUUAAGGUGGUUCAAGACAGUUCCAGCAGUUAGAUUUUGAUGGGUCGUUUAUAACCACUCGUUAUCACUUGAUGCUAC